AUGAAGUAUCCCAAGGUGGKKGGUAAAACCGCUUUCAAAGAUUAUUUGGGUAAAUUUGCCGAUGUCGAAGACCCUUUAGAAAGAAGAAGAUUGGCUUUAGAAGAAAUUGAUAAAGCUGGUUUCGGAUGGACUCAAGUUAAAAUGAUUUUGAUUGCUGGUGUAGGGUUCAUGACUGAUUCUUAUGAUAUCUUUGCCAUUAAUUUGUCAAUGAAUAUGUUACAAUACGUUUACUGGAAUGGUACUAUUCCAGAUUCUACUACUACUUUGAUUAAGGUUUCUACUUCUGUUGGUACUGUUAUUGGACAAAUCAGUUUUGGUUCUAUUGCCGAUAAAGUCGGUCGUAAAAAGAUUUAUGGUUUGGAAUUGAUUAUCAUGAUUUUUGCUACCCUUUUCCAAUGUACUUUGGGUACCUCCCCUGCUAUUAACUUUGUGGCCAUUUUCUCAACUAUAAGAAUUUUAAUGGGUAUUGGUAUUGGUGGUGAUUAUCCAUUAUCUUCUAUUAUCUCAUCAGAAUUCUCUACUACCAAAUGGAGAGGUGCUAUUAUGGCUGCUGUCUUCUCCAAUCAAGGUCUUGGUCAAGUGUUUGCCGGUAUUGUUGCCAUGAUUUGUGUUGCCGGUUACAAAGAUGACUUGAUCAUUGCCAACAAAGGAUCUGAAUGUGUUGGUAGAUGUAGAAAAGCUGCCGAUCAAAUGUGGAGAAUCAUUGUUGGUUUCGGUUGUGUUCCAGGUUGUAUUGCCUUAUACUAUAGAUUGACUAUUGCUGAAUCUCCAAGAUAUGCCCUUGAUGUCGACGAACACGAUGAUCUUGAAAAAGUUGCUGACGCUGAAGCUGCCAUUGAUGUCCAUGCUCAAGAAAUUGCUCCACCAAAGGCUUCUUUCAAAGAUUUCUGUUCUCAUUUCGGUCAAUGGAGAUAUGGUAAGAUCUUGUUGGGUACUGCUGGUUCUUGGUUCAUGUUGGAUGUUGCCUACUAUGGUUUAGGUUUGAACACUACUACCAUCUUACAAACUAUCGGUUACGCUGGUCAAAGUAACGUUUACGAAAAAUUAUACAAUUCUGCUGCUGGUAACUUGAUUUUAGUUUGUGCUGGUUCUUUACCAGGUUAUUGGGUGUCUGCCGCCACUAUCGAUACCGUGGGUAGAAAACCAAUUCAAAUGGGUGGUUUCAUCUUGUUGACUAUUAUCUUAUGUAUCAUGGGUUUCGGUUACCACAAGAUUGGUAAUCAUGGUUUGUUGGGUUUGUUCGUCAUUGCCCAAUUUUUUCAAAAUUUUGGUCCAAACACCACUACUUUUAUUGUCCCAGGUGAAUGUUUCCCAACUAGAUACAGAUCUACUGCUCAUGGUUUAUCUGCUGCCGCUGGUAAAGUCGGUGCCAUUAUUGCUCAAACUUGUAUUGGUACUUUGGUUAACCACGGUUGUUCUAAAGAAAACAAGAAUUGUUUCUUACCUCACGUCUUGGAAAUCUUUGCCUUGUUCAUGUUGCUUGGUAUUGGUUUGACUUUCUUGAUUCCAGAAACUGCUAGAAGAACUUUAGAAGAAAUUUCUGAAACUUGUCAUGGUGAAGUUGAUACUACUAAAUUGGGUAGAGAUAGAUUUGCCACACAAGAAGAACCAUAUGACUCUGAAGAAGUCAAAAACUAA